UCAAUUGUUGCAUUUAAGCCAAUAAGGUUAGGACAAGAGACUAGCUGUGGUUUGCGUUGCAAAAACAAAACAAAACAAAAAGCCCCGAGGCUUCGUGGGCAGACCUACAAGGCUGCGCAAACAAAUCGGGGGAUGAGAUUUUGCUGUUUCUUUGUCUAGGCGUCUCAGAUGCUAUCUGCCGCUGCCGUUCGCUGGGGCGCAAAGCCGUUCCCAAACAGACCGCGGCGAGCUGAUGGCUCCGAGCUUGCGGCGAGGUAGCGAGUGUGCAGGGCCACUUCCGACUGGAAGCCUUCCUGUGGCGGUGCGCGGUGGCGGGGUCCUUCCUGGGGAAGGCGAUCGCGCUCAGUCGCUCGGCAGCCCGAGCCUGCAGCAGCGCCCGGGCGCAGUCCCCGGGAGCCGGGCAGUCCCCGGCCUCCGCGCUCCGCAGCCAGCCGCGCCACAGCGUCUCUGAGAGCUCCCGGGUUCCCGUGUUCCUGCGCAGCAGCCAAACUAUGUCAGGAAUGGAGGUCUGCUAACAGAAAACUCGAAGGAGCACACUAAACCGGUGGAGGCAGCAGAUGUGAGCGCUGUGCAAACGUCUCACACCAGUUCCGAUGUUGCUCUUUCCUCAAGUUGCAGGUCUAUGGAAAUGCAGGAUCUAACCAGCCCGCAUAGCCGACUGAGUGGUAGUAGCGAAUCCCCCAGUGGUCCCAAACUCGAUAGCUCUCAUAUAAAUAGUACUUCCAUGACUCCCAAUGGCACCGAAGUUAAAACAGAGCCAAUGAGCAGCAGCGAAAUAGCUUCAACAGCAGCAGACGGGUCUUUAGACAGUUUCUCAGGUUCAGCUCUUGGAAGCAGCAGCUUUAGUCCCAGACCAGCUCACCCGUUCUCUCCGCCACAGAUUUAUCCUUCCAAACCAUACCCACAUAUUCUCCCUACCCCUUCCUCACAAACUAUGGCUGCAUAUGGGCAAACACAGUUUACCACAGGAAUGCAACAAGCCACAGCCUACGCCACGUACCCACAGCCGGGACAGCCCUAUGGAAUUUCCUCCUAUGGUGCAUUGUGGGCAGGCAUCAAGACGGAAGGUGGAUUGUCACAGUCUCAGUCACCUGGACAGACGGGAUUUCUUAGCUAUGGCACAAGCUUUGGUACCCCUCAACCUGGACAGGCACCGUACAGCUACCAGAUGCAAGGUAGCAGUUUUACCACCUCAUCAGGAUUAUAUGCAGGAAAUAAUUCACUCACCAAUUCCUCCGGAUUCAACAGUUCACAGCAGGACUAUCCAUCUUAUCCAGGCUUUGGCCAGGGUCAGUAUGCACAGUAUUAUAACAGCUCGCCGUAUCCAGCACACUACAUGACAAGCAGUAAUACCAGCCCCACUACGCCGUCCACCAAUGCCACUUACCAACUCCAGGAACCACCUUCUGGCGUCACAAGUCAGGCGGUCACAGACCCCACAGCAGAGUACAGUACAAUCCACAGUCCUUCAACACCCAUUAAAGAGUCUGAUUCCGAUCGACUGCGUCGAGGUUCAGAUGGGAAGUCACGUGGCCGAGGCAGAAGAAACAAUAAUCCCUCACCUCCCCCGGAUUCUGAUCUUGAGAGAGUGUUCAUCUGGGACCUGGACGAGACCAUCAUUGUUUUCCACUCUUUGCUCACGGGGUCCUAUGCCAACAGAUACGGGAGGGAUCCACCUACUUCUGUUUCCCUGGGACUGCGAAUGGAAGAGAUGAUUUUCAACUUGGCAGACACACAUCUAUUUUUCAAUGACCUAGAAGAGUGUGACCAAGUCCAUAUAGAUGAUGUUUCGUCAGACGACAAUGGCCAGGACCUGAGCACAUACAACUUUGGAACAGAUGGCUUUCCUGCUGCAGCCACCAGUGCUAAUUUAUGCCUGGCAACUGGUGUCCGAGGUGGUGUGGACUGGAUGCGGAAACUGGCCUUCCGCUACAGACGAGUAAAAGAGAUCUACAGCACCUACAAAAACAACGUGGGAGGUCUGCUUGGUCCAGCUAAGAGGGAAGCCUGGCUCCAGCUGAGGGCUGAGAUCGAGGCACUCACAGACUCCUGGCUGACUCUGGCCCUGAAGGCCCUCUCCCUCAUCCACUCCCGGACGAACUGUGUGAAUAUUUUAGUAACAACUACCCAGCUCAUCCCAGCAUUGGCAAAAGUCCUGCUAUAUGGAUUAGGAAUUGUGUUUCCAAUAGAAAAUAUUUACAGUGCAACUAAAAUAGGAAAGGAGAGCUGUUUUGAGAGGAUAAUCCAAAGGUUUGGAAGGAAAGUGGUGUACGUUGUCAUAGGAGAUGGCGUGGAAGAAGAACAAGGGGCGAAAAAGCAUGCUAUGCCCUUCUGGAGGGUCUCCAGUCACUCGGACCUCAUGGCGCUGCAUCAUGCCUUGGAAUUAGAGUACCUGUAACAGCUUCCUGCCAACUUGACACUGCACAACUGCCCCGUGGCCAGAGAUAACCCAGCAGGCUUUGUCUUCGUGUGUCAGUGCUGGACUUGGGGAUAUGCCAGUUUCAGCAUCUGGAUGCAUAGCUGCUGCGGGCUUACUGCUCCCCGCGGGGUUAAUGGAGGACCAUGUGUAUGCUGCAGAACAGCUGUUGACUCUAGAACUGUGAAUCCAGUGAAAGGAAGCCAUGAGAAGGUUCUCGCACAGUGUGGUGUGUCUUGGCUACAUUAACUACAUGGUUCAAACCUGUGAAGAAAAGACCUACAGACACUUUGGUUUUUGGCAAAUGUGAUAACAAAUAGCAUCUGUGAUCCAACAAACUUGAUCCCACAACAAAGACGACUCACAUGUGUCGCCUGGACAACCAUGGAGCUAUUUUAUUUUCUCAAAGGUUUACUUUUUGGUGUCUCCCACCCAGGGCAAUCUGUACUUCACUACUUAUUUAUGAAAAAGACUUUGGAAAAACAGAUUUGCUGAGGUAUAAUUCAUAUACCAUAUGAUUCACCAAGACAGACUUCUUGGCUUCAAAUAGUUGAAGGGACAAUAGCAUAAGAAAUAAUCAAUAAAGGGCCUUGGCCUGACAGUACAGCAAGUACUUUGAAUUUUAGCACAUUGCAAAGUAGUUUAAAGUAUGUCUAAUUUAAAUGUGUAAAAUGUACAUCACUGAGACAAUCGUGUACAGAAGGAAUUUUUGGUGUAAAUUUGUAAUAAUGGAUGAUUCUUACACAUUCUGUUUAGGGAAUGCUAUUAUGAGGUAGAAAUGCUUUCCUAGGAAGCUUGGGCACAAACUCCUGCAGUGCCUUAUCUAAGGAUUGGGUAUAAAUAUUGUAGAUAAUGGAUCUUUUUGAUAAUGUUAUCUAAGACCAAAAGCAUGAAUGUCAAGUGUCAACAAGGAUUUUAUUUUCUUAGUCUUUUAUCCCAUUCAUUUUUCUAAUUUGUGUACGUGAGUGUGUGUGUGUGUGUGUGUGUGUGUGUGUGUGUGUGUGUGUUGGUUAGUUAGAAGGGACUUGAUAAAAAUAACAGUGGCUCACAACUGAAAAGUUUUGAAGUCUUCCCGACCACCUCCCCGACUUUCUCAUUUCAACACUAAUGUAUUAUAUGUAACUACUUGGAAAAGAAUGACUAUUCAAACACUUCAUCCCACAGAAAGACUAUAGAUGAUAGAUAUAUUUUAUUAAUAAAAUUAACUGGAGCCUAGCAGAGUCUCCAUGCACUCAGAAUGAUGACUGUGUCUGGGAUUCUUGUUUAUAUCAACGAGGACUUUACUACAUACCUGGGUCAGCUGCACUUCCCAUCCCACCUCAUACGCUUUCCUUCCCACCCAGACAAGGUUCAGUGCCCUAUGGUGAGUUGGCCAUCAUCAGAAACACUAAUGUUGCUCUCUUCAUAUGACAAGACAGACAUAAACCUGGAGGGGGAUGGGGGAAAUGCAAAAAUGAUCAUGUUUGUCAUGUUAUAAAAAAGAUUCUUCCAAAAUGAUGAAUUUGUAUACGGACAGGAGUCUUUCUCAUUGUGGUCUUUGUGUUGCCAUGAAAUUCCCCUUUGGAUCAAUUUUAGUUUAUAUUAUUAAUAAGUUAUUAAUAAUAUUAUUUAAUAUUGGGGGCAGCAGGUUUGACCCAGAGUAGCAGAAAAACCACCCUACUUUUUUCUAUUCUAAAAGUCCAUGUUGCUGCUAAAAUUAGUCAUUGUAAAUUCUCCAAACUGUUAAAAACAAAUACUCUAUUGUUUCUCCCCUGAUGCAGACAGAAAUGGCCAGUGUUGAAACCUCUUCAUUUGACGCUGUUGUACUCUGCAGACUGAAAAGACAGCCUUGACCUUGGCCUUACUGUAAACAGGUGUGCUGUGUCCACGAUUGUGUACAGAACUUAUUUUCUUUAUUAAUUUUGUGUUUAAAUUAAUAAACUUGAUUUGUGCAGUA